UCUCUCUCUCUCUCUCUCUCUCUCUCUCUCUCUCUCUCUCUGACCCAUGGAGAAGGAACUACCCAUUUUCCAAGACUGACCUGCGCCACACAGCCACUGUUCACUCGGCAGGCCCCAAGCACCUGAACGGGGUUCGACCAACCCGAAGAGCGGGGAGCGAAGGGAGGCCAUUGAGGACAGUGUUGUACGGAAGAGCUUCAGUUCGUUAUUAUUUAUUUUUAUAUUUUUAUAUUAAGACAUCCCAUUUAUCGCUCCAGUGAUGGAAAACGAAAUAACACAGACGAGCAGUCAGACCCAGACCGGCUCGCUGUCCCCCCCGAACGGCAUGGCCCCCAGCCCCGGGAACCACGGAAACCCCACCAGCGCCCCCCGCUAUGGCACUGUCAUCCCCAACCGCAUCUUCGUGGGGGGCAUCGACUUCAAAACCAAUGAAAACGACCUGCGCAAGUUCUUCUCUCACUACGGGGUGGUGAACGAGGUGAAGAUAGUCAACGACAGGGCCGGAGUCUCCAAAGGGUAUGGAUUUGUGACGUUUGAGACACAGGACGAUGCGCAGAAGAUACUGCAGGAGGCUGAUAAACUCUUCUUCAGAGAUAAAAAGCUGAAUGUCGGCCCAGCCAUCCGCAAACAGCAAGUGGGGAUCCCCUAUGCUGGAUUCCCUUUCUCAGGCUCGAGCCCCAGUGUGACCCCCCCUGCCCCGGCCACCAUGUACUUCACCACCUCCACAGGGUACCCCUACACCUACCACAACGGAGUGGCAUACUUCCACGCCCCUGAAAUCACCUCCGUGCCACAGCACUGGCCUCCCUGCUCCAUCUCCAGCUCCCCAGUCAUGGUCACACACCAGGCUCAGCCAGUAUUACAGCAGCCAGCUUGUCAUUACCAGGCUCCUACCCAGUGUCUUCCAGGCCAGUGGCAGUGGAGUCUCCCGCAGGUAUGGAGCCCGUGUAGAUGCACCACAUCCCCAGCCCCGGCCGUGCCUCUUCUCUACAUGCAGGCCUCUGAUAUCCUGUACCAGACCCAGGAGCUGUCGCAGGACGGUGGCUGUGCCCCCUCCACCCUGCCCAUGCUGGAGGCCACGGUCCCUGAGGCGUUCCCGGAGCACGGUGUGCAGCCAGCGUACCACCAGGUGUUCACACAGAGCCCCGUCUGUAUGCCGCAACCACCCAUCCUGCAGCAGGAACCAGUGAAGGAUCAGAGGCUGCACGCUAUGCACAGGGGGUUCUCACAGUCUCCCAUGGGGCUGAAGCCCCGCUACACCCGCAGCUCGCACUACCACAGCCGCAAAGACUACCGACCCGAAGAGUCCAUCCUCGCCCCCCCAGCCAGCACUGACUCUCUCAACUAGAGCGGGAGGGAGGAGGAACCAGGGCCUCCGAACUGCUCCUUCACCACGCACACACUGGGGUUCCACUGGUCAGGGGGUCCGUUAGGGGGGCUCAGACACUGCAGAGAAGGAGGUACAGAAAAGCAGGUGUAGGUAGCAAAUCUCGUCACUCUGUUUUGUUAAAGGCUGACGGAGUGAUUUCAGUAAAACCUAUAUAUAAAGGCACCUGCUAUUAGCAGCUGCAAAAUCCGAGUGUAUGGCGUGAGUGACAGAGGCAUGCUCUUUAAUAAACUGUUUAAAGUGGCCUGUACCGGUCGCUGAUCACUCCCUUUGGUGAUUGUUAAGUCAUGUUUCAUUGUUUUCAUGAAAAUGUGCUAGAAACCAACAACAAAAUUUGUGCUUAUGAAACUUUAUUAAAAUCAUCAGAACAGUGCUCUGUUAAAGGCAGGUUAGCUGCACUGUACAACUAGAAUAAGCUCCAAAUUCAGAGCACUGCAGUAGCCACAGUUUAACCUGUUUGACUGUACUGCUUUCUUCGUACUCAUUUACUGCAUUUCCACUGCAGUCAUCUUGUUUCACACGGCAGAAUCUGUAGUUCAAUUCUCUGCGUUUUCCCUUUCAGAAAAAAUUGUGCUCAUGACCAGUUGGAGAAAUUAGCUUUUGAGAAUGUAACUCUUAAAGAGCCAGUAUGACAUUCAUAUAGGUUAUAACAGUACUUGUAAGAUGAUCCCGGAUCACGACAGUAGCCGCUGUGGUUGUAAGCGGAGGUCAGAACCACAGUGUUGGGUUGUCAUCUCGUGCCCUGGCCCUAACGGAUCAUUCCAAAAUAAUAGAAAAAAAAGAUUUAAAAAAAAUCAACCAAUUUUUUCUCUAUAUUGUGGCAGCAAGAAAUAAAACAGAACAGCAUUUAACUUUUCUUUUUUUUCUUUAAAAAAAAAAAGUGUAUUAUGAUAAUGGCUACAACAUUAUAAUAACUGUGUGUGUAGACUAGACAGUAUGUUUUAUAUUGCAUAGAUGUAUCCUUUUAUUCUUGACUGUGGUGAAGACCAUGGGUCUUGAAAACACACCUCUUAAUUCAUGCAUUGCAAAUGUCUAUACCAAACAUGAUUCAAAGAUUGUAACCAAAGUGUCGUUCUCCUCCACUGACAAGGUGGCAGCAUUUGAAUGGCCGGUUACUUCUAUUGCGGUAAGCAGGUCAGUCUUCGGUCCUGCAGUCAUUAGUUGUAGAUGUAAAACAAGUGUGUGCUAUUUCAAGUGGCGCGUUGAUGACUGGAAAAUGUAAUUUCUGGAUCUAAAUAAAAAAUUCGGAUUCAUGUACAACACUGGGAAGGUUAAACUAUGAUACUGGAUCUUUAAGAGUACAAAUCUGGUUGGUUAAAAUGUUAAAAAAAAAAAAAAAAAAAAUACAGACAUUAUAGAAACCUGGUAGACUGGAUUGGUUUAGAAAACAGUUCUUCAGAGUACAGUUCCGAGAGCAGUUCUGGAGACUUUUUUCCCAGAUUUGUUUCCUGCACUGCCUGUAAAUAAAACUCUCCUACCUAGCCCCCUGGUACCAGUGAGCCCCAGUAAUCCCUGUGUGCGCUGAGCUGCAAUCGAGACCCAAGGAGAGGGUCCGUCUCCACGACCUGCCUCGUAAACUACUGAGCCUGUAAGAAUUCUACCUUCUAUUCCCUUGUUUACACUGCCUGGUGGGUGAAGGCUGGUGCAGGCACUACGCUUGCAUUCUUUAUAACAUUGAAUGUGUUUUACUAAACUGCAGGGUAGUGUGCCAGGGCAUAACGAAAUUGCAUGAAUACUCCUUAGCAAUAGAUUCACUUUUUUAUUUGUAACUCCUAUACCUUCAUGUGUAAACAGAAUCUUUCAGUAUAAGCACAGCAUUACAGACUGCUGUGCUGUCAAGCUUCUUACAACACAAUCGUGGUUACACCCCCCCCCCCCCCCCUCACCCUCUUUCUGGUCAUAUCAGCCUUUGUUGUGUCAGCUGAUUCAUUUGACGAUUAAUUGACAAGAGCACAAACAUCUUACAAGCAUUGAUUGGCUGCCUUGAAAGCCAGGUAGUUUAAAAAGAAAUAUGAAACUCUGCUUGUUCUGUAGAAGCUACAGAUUAAAAUAAGUGAUGGAAAUGUUUGUGGAGAGGCGUCUGUCCCACUCUACUUAGCAAGAGAGAGAGGUGCAGCUCUUAAAGAGCAAGGAGCUCUGAAAGGACUAGUUUUUAAUGGACGCAAUUCUGUACGGUUGGAAUCAUUUUUUUCACAAACAAAGAUUUUAAACCCUAAAUUUCAUAGAUUUAAAAUAUGCAUAUCAGGAGUAAAAUGUAGUAAAUAUCUAUUUCACAUCAAAGGAUUAAAACCAGUCCUUACCCGGACUUUCAGAAACUUUGUAGUGCCAACAAAGUGUGUUUUUCAAUGUUUGAAAAGUAUGUCAAAUAGAUUUUCUAGUUUUCAAAAACAUGAUGAACACUAAUGAGACACUAGCCAAAACAUUUAUCUGCUUGACUUAUUUUUUUAUUUUCAAAAACUUCAAAAAUAUUGUUUUAGAUUUCAGUGAUCUUUGCUCUUUAAGAAAUUGGUACUGUACAAUGGAAUUCAAAUCACCAGAACAGGAAGGCUUAAAAAAAAAAAAAGAUAGAUGUAUGAGUAAAGUCUUGAAUAGAUUCUUUUUUUUUCUUGAUAAAAUAACAGAUUUUUGUAUUUGUACGGUGUCGAAUGGAUAGAGUAUAGCUUGGGUCUAGUUUUAGGACUGAUUUGGGCACAGAGUUCUAUUACCACACAUUGCUUACUGAUGUGAAACGUUUAAAAAGUGUGAGGUGUGGGAUUCUCAAUUCAGGGCAUUUAUUGUUUAUUUUAGAUAUUUCUUCUGUUUUAUUUGUUUUUGAACUUCAGUGUAGGACCCGGUAUGGGCAGAGUCAGAACAAUGUGGGUUGUCUUUAAAAUUAUUUUAUAGUACAUUUGUGACAGACAAGGAGUCCUGGAGGGUUUGACUAGUACUAUAUGUACAGCGCUUUUUUUUAUAUAUUCUCAUUAUAUUCACAUUUCCCAGUAAGGGAAACCUGGACAAAGCUAACCUGUUGUUAACCUGGACAAAGGACAACUUUUGUGAUUUUGUGAUAUUUUUAUACCGCACAGUAUGCCAACCCACUGCCUCCCACUGAGCUACAGCAAACACCAGUUUUACAAUAAUAUGUUUAAAGUGAGGAAUUAUGUUUUUCACAGUGUGCUUCACACAGCCCUGAGCCCAAGAAAUACUGGCAGCUAUCAAGACCUUGUUACAUUUAUACAUUUCAUGCACUCUGUUCAGAAACACAUCUUUCGACAAUCUUGUCCAUGUUUUUUAUAUGUAUUUGUUUAAUGUGUUUCAGAAGGGUGUGGUUUAUGUUAAGGGUAGGUGUAUUUGAGAAUUUGAUCAUUUUAUUUUGCUAGUUCAACUGAGAGUCUAGAACAUGUGCAGGAGAAAACAACCUGAGCCACUCAUUUUGUUUUUUUACGUUUGAGAUGUGAAAGUUUUGUUUUUUAUGUUUGAGACGUGAAAGUUGUUUUUUAUGUUUGAGACGUGAAAGACUGCUGGUUUUGGUGAACGGUUGUUAUGUAUUUCAUGUGAUGUAAGGUUUCAUCGCAGUAAGUAAAUAGUUUAGGGUGCUUGUUCAAUAACCCUUAGUCUAACGCAGUCUCUUCCAUAAGUAUCAGUGCUACAUUACAGUAAGUUAUAUACCUCUGCAUGGGGACAGUGCCUCCUCAGAACAGAGCUUACAUGCUCAAGGCUUUGUAUUAGCAUCCACUUUGGGGACAGGGUCCCUUGGAAAUGAGUACAGAUGCAUGCUGCAUAAUAAACCAUUUAAAAAUGAACACUAAAAAGCCUAGAGGUCAUAUUCACAAUGCAUUUACCCAUGUUAAAGUCUAGACCAUUUAUUGUACAAGGACAAACAAUCUAGCAAGAAACCGCUCCUAAAUGAGCGUGCUGAGUUACUUAUCUGAAGCUUUGUAAAUCUAGCACUGGGGUAAAUGCUGUUUGAGUGCAGCCUCUUUUGUUUUUUAUACUAAUAUAAAGUUAAAACAGUGUACAAGGUCAUUUAUUUUGGCUGAAAUAGCGGGAAGGAAAACGUUAGUUUAGGUAAAUCCAAGUCUUCAUGUUACUAAAACGUUUUAUAUUGUUCAACCUAGAGUAAGAUUUGUAAUGUAAAAAAGGGUUGAUAUUGAACACAAAAAAAUACCAAAAAAAUAUUUUUUACAGCUGUGUCUGAACGUUUAAAUCAACAUUAAUAUAAAAAAACAACCUAUAACUUAUUUUGCAGAUCUUAGUAAAUACAAUACUUCAGCAGAAAAAGUUCAAGCUCUGCUGUGUUUGCUUUGCGCUUUUCAGCCUCGUUUGUCCGAGUGGUCCGAGUGUAGCGUACCUUUAGCAGGAUCAUUCGAUGGGAGUAUUUAAAGGGUGUAGUUUGUCUCACUCCCUUGCCCCACUGCAAGCCAGCUUGCCUUUAGCAGGGCAUAAAGAGUAGGUUUGAGCACUGGCAGGGUGGGGCUGAUGGGUUCAUUCCCACAGUUUCUUACACAAACACAAAACUUCAAACCAACUGCCAGGAUGUAUCACUAUUGUAAAAAGUUGGGUAGCGUAAGUGCAGUGCAUUCAACCAGACUGAUCAGGCUCUUAGUGUGUGGGACUGUGUGUACCUCACACUGUGCCUGGCAUUGACAAUGCAAACGCAACCUGCAUCUGUAGAUGUUACAGAAGUAACAUCUACAGCGCUACCAAAGGACUGGCAUGUCAAACUUCCUACUGCCCUGUCUCGCCUCCUCACAGUUGUCAGCAGCUCAUCCGCAGGGCAGGAGGCUGAAAGAGUCAUCUGCAGCAUCAGCUUUGCAGUGUUGAGCCAGGCCUCCAUAGUAGCGGUGAGCAAGCAGGUUGACUGAUGCAGCCAGCUGAAGAGUCACGCCUGCACAGCCUCAGCACUGCCAGGCAGACUCACACAGGUGUCAGCUUCACCAGCUCGGGAGAGCCAGCGUAGACAGCUGAUCAGGGCUUUAUUUUGUACCUGUCAUCAGAAGUCUGCUUCAUCAGAAGUCUGAAACGUUCACGCUGAGCUUUUCCAAUCGGACUGCCCGGUCUGAAUCAUGCCUGCCUGAUGAUAGGUUUAAGGUCUGUCCGUCAGUCUGGAUUGAAUGAGCCGGAGUGAGUAAAUAGUUCUUUAGUAUAUUUAAAAACAAAAAGAAAGCCGCUUUAAGUUUAGUAGCACUGUGUUUUAGUUGAAAGGUUUAUGUUUGUAUUCGCAGUGGUAGGUUUGUGUAUGUGUUUGUAUAUGUGGCUAAAGGGAAAAGAAUGUUGUAAAAGAGACUGAAGAAUAAACAGUUGUGAUUUUACACAAA